AUGAUAUCCGCAAAAACACAUAUCUUUCAUCGUAAGACAAUUGAUAAUCAUGAUGCAUCUUUGUAUGCAUCAGUGCGCUUUGCACAUGGAAAUUUAGAGGGGAUAGACAACACACGUUUACGUUCUAUGAUAGCUGAUUAUAUUCGUAAAAAUGAGAAUUUACAACGUUUAGUCUUAGAACGUAAUACAAGUUGUCAAAAUAUUAAAGAUUAUUGUAAUAAAAUUGAAAAAGGUAAUAUACAAGAUGAUGAAUUAGAAUUUCGAGCUUUGGCUAUGUUAUGUUAUCUACGAAUUCGUGUGUUUUCAAUAACAAAAACAUCAGAAAACAAUAUAACUAUCAAUGUUUUAAAUUAUGGUGAACAUGUAGAGUCAUUCACAGAAUGUAUUUAUAUUCUUUAUGAUGAAGAGCGUAAACAUUAUGAACCGUUAUAUGCGAUUAACAAACAAAUUCCUGAUGAAAAUAUUAAGAUUUUUAAAUGUGAUGAUGAAACCAUUGUCCAACUUGUUUACAGAUUUAUUCAAGAAGAAUUUCAUUAUGAUGCUAAUACACAAUCAGAUUGUAAUAAUUUAGGUAAUAUAAGUGAACAACCAGCUGAAACAAAUGUUUUAAAUGAAACUGAAAGAAUGUUUGAUUUGGUUACUUCAAGUUCUAGUACAAAUUUAUAUAAUAAACGAAAAAGUCCCGUCUAUGAUACAUUUCUACGAACUUCAACUACUGAACAAGCAUCGUCAUCGAUAUCACAUCAAACUUAUGUUUCUAAUAAACGAACAAAGUCUUCUAGACUUGAUAAUAAUUCUGAAAAAUCAUCAUUAAAUAAAAACAAUAAUAAAUCAUUAACUAUUGAACAACAUUUACAAAUGGACACUAUGACUGAUGAAUCUGGUACGGAUGAAAAUAUGAAAAUUUUUCUUUUGACAAUUAAAGUAAUUUUAGAUUCAUCGAAUGACAAGCAACGAAUUGAAAAUGGUCAAAUGCCUUUGAAUGAUGAAAUUGAAGUGGAAAAAAUGAGAUUUGAAAUUGAACCUGCUCCAAAAUUUCGUGGUCGGACAUUAACUGAUUUUCAACCAAAAAAGGCACAAAAACGUAACGGUAAACCAUCAACACCAAGACCACCACGCUAUUAUCCCGAUCGUAGUCGUCAUCGUUAUCUGAAUCUACUGAUUCCAGAAGCAUAUAUUUUACCUGAUAUCAUUCAAUAUUGUUUUGAAAUUUGUAUAAUAACACGAGAAAUGAAUGGCUAUACAUAUAUUCAUCCUUAUUUUAAAUUUCAAGUACAUCCAACCGAUCCAAAAUCUCCGAUUCUAAAUCCAAGAUAUAUCUAUUUUGUUAGUACUAUGAAAUUUAAAGCAUAUUCAGAAAUAUUACGACAAUUGAAACUUCAAUUAGUUGUCGUUAUGCAUACAAAUAAAGAAUUGAUGCAAAGUGAACAACCGUUACAAAUUUUUUCGUCAUCAAAAAACAAUGAUCAUAGAAAUGUAAUAACAACGAAAUUCAAUGACCAUCGGGCAUUCAAAGAUGCUUAUCAUCUGCAUGAUCUUUGCUUUGCUAUAACACUAUGGAGUAAAAAAUCUGGUGAAAAAGUAUUUCAUCGACAUAAUGAUAAACAAUAUAUUAGUCAGAUUGUAACUGAAGAUAAAAAUACAAAAGAUCGAAAAAAAAAAGACAUCAAUAUUAUAGCCAUUUAUUAA